CGACGACCACCGUCUCUCCAGACUUCCGAUAGACUUAUAGAGGGCAGUCGCUUUUGUGCUGACCAGGCAUUUCUCAUUCCCCUUUUUCGUAUCUUUUGAAAACAGGUCACCUCAGGCGACCAUGACGACGAUAAACCUACUCGAUCUUAACCAUGACAUUUUGUCACUCGUCUUGCUGCUCAUCACUCCACACGACGCUAGUCAGCUCGCUAUCACUUCUCGCCGUGCCUACGCUGUCGCCAUGCCUCGUGUCAUUGCGCACGUCUCGCUCGGUGGCGCCUUUCACAAACCCGCCAGUAGCCCCGCCAAUCUUCAACUACGUCGAUUCUGCUCCUGGAUGCUCGAGGACCCCAAGCAACGAUUGCUGCACCUACACAGUCUAGAUGUUCGACGGGACGCCGUCCGCGUCCGCGUGGAUGGAAUUUGGACAGUGGACAAGCAGUCCGUACGUCUUCUAACACAGGUUAUCGCAGAUGCUGUGCACCUGCACGCCGCAACAAUCUGGGGUCUCAGCGCGCUUGUAACGGCGUACCCGCCCAUCGUGCGUGCGUUGGCGAGCUGCAAGCAGCUGAACCGCGUAACCUUGGGAGGGGACGUCCCACCUCUUUCUACCCUCGCUCAGGCGUUCCCGACUGUGCGCUUCCUGCACUUCGUUGGAGGCGCAGAUGUUUCCGGACCGGACUCGUUCGCGAAGGAUAACGCCACCCCCGAUCACGCCUGGCCACGCCUCGAUCACGUCGACUCCGGGCACCCCAUUCUCGACUUCGCGUGCUCUAUCCGGCGCGUCGACCUGCGCAGUCCGCUCACGCCCGACGUCGAGACGCUUGAAAACGCACUGGAGUACAUCCGCCGCACCGAGCCGAUUGUGCUGUCAUGUGUCGUGGACGUAUCGGUGGCCGACGAAGAGUUUGUCGCGCGAAUCCCGGAGGUCGCGUGCAGCGUGCGCUACCUCGAUAUUGCUCUGCACGGGUGCGAGUCCCUGGCGUCUGUCACCGCGUGGAUGAUGCGUGUCGGGCCGCUGCUUGCGACGCUUCCAUUGAUCGGGCUAUCCCUAUCGAGCAGCACACCUACUUCGUUCCCCUCGCCCUUCUCUUCUCCGGCCGCCUCGCCACCUUCCUCCCCAAGACCUGUAUUUGCUGAACUCCCAGACGUCGAUUCGCUCACCCCAGUCGUCGUCCCUAUCGUUGCACGUGCAGAACCGCCAACCACUGGCAAGGUCGCCACGCGCGUCGCGACUUCUAUUUCUUCCCUCGCGUACGUAGGCAUCAACACAAGUGGCCCUAUAGACCUCGCGGAGGGAGGUUCACCCACGGAGUGGUUCGUCGCUACCUCUCAGGGCGGACGCUCUCACAAGUUUCCUGUCAACGAAUGCCAACGCGUCGAACGGCUAUUGCAGGGACUGAACAGAUACGACAGAUGA